AUGGCAUACCUGCUGGGCAAUCCAAACUGUAUGGAGAGCUUGAGGAAGGACAUCACCGAUCUACAAGGAGCCAUCAUUGAUGUCUUUUCCCGGGCUGGGGCAGUGCGUUAUCCCUCCUGGAAGUUUCCCCAUAAAGUGUCCUGUGAUCUGGAUCUGGUGGCUUUGCUGGAGCAUUAUGACUAUGUGGAGAAUGACCCUGAAUUUACCCAGCAUUCCCAUGUAAUGCUCCUCGAACUGGUGAUUGACAGGUGA